AUGGCCGAUGACCAGCGAAUCUACCAGCUGACAACGAGGAGAAAUACAGUGGUCGAGGCUUUGGGUCGGGCAGAGGCUUUUUUAGAGGACUAUAUUGCUGAAAGAGAUCAGGCGCAAGUACAGUUGAGGUUGGAGUACCUGGACACGAUGUGGACUACGCUGGAGGAAGUGCAAGCUGAACUGGAAGCUGAAGCGAUAGAUGAUGAAGGUAGGGCACACCAUGCAUCAAUUCGUGCCAACUUUGAACCUCGGCUUUUUACAAUAAAAGCUUCUUUGCUUACUAAAUUGCCUCAACUUCCUGACGCUAGUAUCCCUCACUCUCUGCAUGCUAAUUCCGCUCUUUCUGGCAUCAAACUCCCGACGAUUUCGCUACCCGAAUUCGAUGGGGAUUACCAACAAUGGCUUACCUUCCACGAUACGUUUUUGGCUCUGAUUCACAAUAAUGCUGAUGUUCCGCCUAUUCAAAAAUUCCACUACUUGAAGGCUGCCGUUAAGGGAGAGGCUGCCCAGCUAAUCGAGUCCAUUGCUAUAUGUUCUGCUAACUACUCACUAGCAUGGGGAGCACUUGAAGGUAGAUAUUCCAAUGAUUAUCUUUUGAAAAAGCGACAUCUGCAGGCACUCUUCGACAUUCCGCACAUGAAGAAGGAGACUGCUGCAACGCUACAUAGCUUGGUAGAUGAAUUCGAGCGCCACACAAAAAUUCUGCACCAAUUGGGGGAACCGACCGACGCAUGGAGUACCCUUCUUGAGCACCUGCUGUGUACGCGCCUCCACGAUGAUUCCCUCAAGGCCUGGGAAGACCACGCAUCUACAGUAGAUAACCCAAACUACACUUGUUUGAUAGAUUUUCUGCAGAGGAGAACACGAGUUCUAGAGUCGAUAUCCGUCAAUCACCAGCCUGCUUCCAACCCCGGUUCCAGUAGCGACAUUGCAUCUUCCCACCACUUCAAGAGGCACUCCCAAUUCCGUUUAUCUGCUUGUGCUUCUACCACUGGUUCUUCUCUUAAAUGCCCGGUGUGCAACCAGGCCCAUUCUUUGUCGAGGUGCGAGAAAUUCAUUCAGUUUUCGAUGGCUGAGCGACAGCGGGCAGUCAACUCGAGGCGACUGUGCCACAAUUGUCUGAAAGAGAACCAUUUCGUUCGCAACUGUCCCUGUGAUCUGAACUGCAGAAAAUGCAACCAGCGUCACCACACUCUUUUGCAUUUCGAUCAAUCCAACGGUCCUAGAAAGCCCAACAAUGAGAAUAUUUCGCGCCACCCGGAUUCUAGGCAACCGAUUCCAACCAAUUCCAUCGACAAUCGUGGGCAAACAACCGUUGCGGCGACGGAAAUGCCUCUUUCGAUUGAAACGAGUGCUUCUCUCCAACAACCACGCGAGAACGUAUUUUUGCUUACAGUCAUCGUAAACGUGAUCGAUGCAUUCGGACAUGCACAUCCAGCGCGAGCAUUGUUGGACAGUGCAUCGCAGCCGAAUCUAAUUUCAGAGCGUGUCGCACGAAUUCUUCGUAUGAAAAGGAGUCCCGUUAACAUUACUGUUCAAGGUGCCGGUCAGCUAUCCAAGGCGAUACGUGAAUCGGUAUACGCCCAGAUCACUUCAAGAAAAGAGAAUUUUUCGUGCGGCGUUAACUUUCUUGUGAUGGAUAAGGUCACCGCCGACCUACCUGCACAAACCAUCGAUACAAAGAUGUGGAAUAUUCCAAAGGACCUGUUCCUGGCGGACCCAGCAUUUAACAAAAGCCAGCCAAUCGAUAUGGUCAUCGGCGCUAAACACUUUUACUCUUUCUUCCCAACCGCGUCUCGAAUACAGCUGCACGGCAAUCUUCCGUUAUUAGUAGAUAGCGUUUUCGGAUGGAUUGUGGCAGGCUCUGCGGGUUCAGCUUUCUCUAUACCAAGCUUGACAUGUACCUCCAACUCUUGCAGUGUAGUAGCUGUAUCGAUGGUCUCUUUGGAGGAAAGUCUAGAACGAUUCUGGCAAAUGGAGGAACUAACUACCAAGGACAACUAUUCCACCGAAGAACGUCAUUGUGAGUCCUUUUACCAGUCAACGGUUGCGAGAAAUUCCGAAGGACGAUAUAUGGUUCGUUUACCCAGAAAGCAAGACUUCGCCGUUAUGCUAGGCCAGUCUAAAACAAACGCAUUGCGCCGAUUCGAAUUUCUAGAGAGACGUUUGGAACGAGACUCCAGUUUGAAGCAGGAGUACCACCAAUUCAUGCAGGAGUACCUUCAGCUUGGGCACAUGCAGCUGGUCAAACCCGAAGAUACUAGCUGUGGUAUAGAAUACUACUUACCCCAUCACCCAGUAGUUAAAGAAUCCAGCACGACGACAAAGGUUCGCGUCGUAUUUGACGGCUCAGCAAAAACUUCCACUGGAUUUUCGCUCAACGAUGCUCUUUGCGUCGGACCAGUGGUUCAGGAUGACCUACUCGCCAUGAUUCUUCGCUUCCGUACAUACCCGAUCGCCCUCGUCGGAGACGUGGCAAAAAUGUACCGACAAGUUCUAGUGCACCCCGACGAUACUCCAUUGCAGCGCAUUUUAUGGCGGUUCUCUCCAGAAUCGCCUAUUCAAACGUACGAAUUGCGUACUGUGACCUACGGUCUAGCUCCGUCCUCCUUUCUCGCAACACGCACGCUUCAGCAAUUGGCAAACGACGAAGGAGGAUCGUAUCGAUUUGGCAGCAAGGCUUUACGAAAAAAUUUCUACGUCGACGACUUCAUCGGCGGGGCAAAGUCGGUAGACGAAGCCAUUCACCUCCGCACAGAGCUUAGCGAAUUACUCGAGAAGGGAGGAUUUGAACUUCGUAAGUGGACAUCAAAUCGGCUUGAUGUUCUGCAGGGAUUGAACGACGAUCAAAUUGGCACCCAAUCUACAUUACAAUUCACCCCCCAUGAAACAAUAAAGGCGCUUGGAAUUAACUGGGAGCCGGAAGGAGAUUUUCUACGGUUCGAUUCGCAUGUGCAGCAUCGCGAUGAAGCACCUACCAAACGUUCCAUUUUAUCGGAUAUUGCGAAAUUAUUCGACCCACUUGGCCUCAUUGCUCCGGUCAUAGUUAGAGCCAAAAUUCUAAUGCAAGAUAUGUGGUUAUUAUCGACUGGUUGGGAUGAGCCAGUUCCUGAAAACGUUUGUCAUAAGUGGAAUAAAUAUCAUCAGGAGCUGCCCAAAAUUUCUGCCUAUCGAGUAACCCGCUAUGUAUUCCUUCCACAAUCAACCAUCCAGUUGCAUACAUUUGCAGAUGCAUCCGAAUCGGCAUACGGUGCAUGCACGUACGCCCGCUGUAAAGACGAAAUGGGAAACGUAAGAAUUCAGCUUCUCGCCGCCAAGUCACGAGUCGCCCCACUAAAGCGUCUCACCCUUGCCCGUCUUGAACUUUGCGCUGCUGUUUUGGCUUCGCAUCUGCAUGAUCGCAUCAAGCAGGCCAUAGAUGUUGAAGUUUCUGCCUCGUACUUCUGGUCGGACUCCGCCGUCACGCUGCAGUGGAUUCGAUCACCUCCAAACACUUGGCAAACGUUCGUAGGGAAUAGAGUCUCUGAGGUGCAGCAUUAUACCCAUGGCUGCCAGUGGAUGCACAUAUCUGGAUGCGAAAAUCCGGCUGACCUAGUAUCCCGUGGAAUGUCGGUAGAAGAUUUUCUGAAAAGUACGUUGUGGGACCAAGGCCCCCGCUGGUUGUCACUGACCGAAGGAGAAUGGAAAACUCGUACCCCGCCAAUUGUUGCUGAUGAUGUACUCGAAGUGCGACACGUCGUAGCAGCUGUGCAAUUGAACACAUCGGUCAAUCCGUUAUUUCUUCGCUGGUCAUCGUUCACUCGCCUGCUUCACGUCAUUGGAUACUGUAUCCGUUUUAUAGUCAAUACACGUACAAGAACCAGAACUCAGCCUCCCCUUACAUCGAAUCCAGCGAGAACAUUAUCUGUGGAAGAGUUAUCGAAAGCCAAAACGUUAAUAGUUCGACUUGCACAACAAGAAGCCUUCGCCCCGGAAAUCAGAGAGCUGGAAAAAGGGAAUUCGGUUCCAAAGCGUUCGCACGUCCGUCAAAUGAGCCCAUUUCUGGAUCAAGAGAAAGUUUUGAGAGUCGGAGGUCGAUUAAAGUUAUCCCAACUGCCCUACCAAUCAAAACAUCCUGCCCUACUGCCUAGCUUCCACCCGCUUUCCUGUCUACUAAUGGAAUAUUAUCACCGCCGAAUGCUACACGCCGGUGGGCGCCUUUUAUUAUCAACAGUACGCGAGGAAUUUUGGCCACUGCACGGACGCAGAUUGGCGCACAAUACCGUACGAAACUGCUUUCGAUGCACUCGACUCAAUCCUGUACCUGCGCAGCAGCAAAUUGGUCAGCUACCCGUCCAUCGAAUCAUUCCAAGCCGUCCAUUUAGUAUCACCGGUGUAGAUUAUGCUGGCCCGCUCUAUCUCAAACCAAUCCACAAACGUGCCUCUCCGACGAAGGCCUACAUUUCCGUGUUCGUCUGCUUUGCCACCAAAGCUGUUCAUCUAGAGCUCGUGAGUGAUUUGACAACGCAGGCUUUCUUAUGUGCACUCCGUCGGUUCAUAGCCAGAAGAGGACGUCCAGCGCACAUUCAUUCGGACAACGGCAAAAACUUUGAAGGGGCUAAAAAUGAAAUGGGAAAAUUAUUUGCUAUGCUCAAAAACCAGAACGAAAUCGACAAAAUCUCAUCGUAUUGUGCAGAGGAAGGAAUCACUUGGCAUCUAAAUCCACCGAAGGCACCUCAUUUCGGCGGAUUAUGGGAAGCAGCAGUCAAAGUGGCCAAGAAGCAUCUAUUUCGGCAGUUGGGUCCAUCGCGCCUAUCGUUUGAGGAUAUCAGCACAGUGCUCACGCAGGUUGAAUCAAUGAUGAAUUCACGUCCUUUACUGCCAAUGUCUGAUGAUCCGAACGAUCUUGCUGCUCUCACGCCGGCCCAUUUUCUUAUCGGCACCAGCAUCCUCGCCUUGCCCGACCCAGAUCACCACAACAUUCCGGUCAACCGACUGGAUCAUUAUCAGCAGCUGCAGUUGCACGUUCAAAAAUGUUGGAAACACUGGCGCUCAGAAUAUUUGCAGGAACUGCAAAAGGAUACCACCAAGCAUUUGCGGAACGAACAAAUUUUGCCUGGGCGUAUGGUCAUCGUCGUAGAUGAACUGCAACCACCAAUCCGUUGGCCACUUGCUCGAAUUGAGUCAACUUCCCCGGGCCCGGAUGGGCUAGCAAGAGUUGUACUGCUGCGCACUGCUCGUGGUACAAUCAGCCGUCCGAUCACUAAAAUCUGUUUGCUGCCGGAUUUCGCUGCUGCAUCAGGAGACGACGACGACAAUUAG